AUGAAACUUCAAAGUAUAUUUUGUCAGUUUUUCACUUUAUAUUUUGGGACCAUUCUCUUAGUUAUUUGUCAAUUUGUUCCCGCUUCUCGAUAUCUACAAUCAAGUGCCAUAAUUAACAAUUCCAGAUGGUAUUUUUUUGGUGGAGAAAUUGAAAAUAAUGGAGGCAACAAUAAUGACAGUAAUGAAGUGUUCUACCUUAAAUUAUCAAAAUCGUUCUACACUGAUUCGCCUAGUUGGGUUAAAGAAGAAACAGGAAGCCCUCUAGCAAAUGUUUUCAGUACUUCAUACGUUUAUCCUGAUAAUUCAUCCGUUCUUAUAAUUGGUGGGGUUAUGGUGGACCCAAUGACACAAGGUGCUGCUCCAAAUAGUUCAGCAAUAUAUAAAUACAAUUUAAACGAUUCAAGUUGGGAGGUACCAAAAAUUACAGGAAUAGAUAAUUUUGCAGUAUGUGGUGGAUUACAAUCCAUCACUGAUAAUACUGGAAGAGUUUUUUUGUAUGGUGGAAUGCAAAAUUAUUCUGGUCUAAUUUGUAAUAAAAUGAGUAUUUUAUUUAUAAAUAAAAUGUCAUGGUUAACAAUCAAUCUUACUACUUCACGAGUUGGUUAUACUGCUACCUUAGAUAAAAGUGGAAACAUCACAUACAUUGGUGGUCGUUCGAUGCCUAACUUUAAUAGUAACAGUUAUGUUAGCAUGAAGGAGGUUUGUUUCUUGUAUUAA